CCAUAGAAGAAAGAUGGGAGAAUCUUAAAGAAAGUCCUAAAAAAAUGAUUAAUAGUAUACUAGACAAGCCAAGAAAAUCCAUUAUUAUGGAUCGUUUGAUUGUCGAAUCAGAGAGCAAUAACACAACAAAAAUCAUCACGGACGAAACAGAAAUUAAGACAAUU